AUGAAUCAUCCAAAAACUUAUUUCGCGACUCCAUUAUCAAAAUUGGCAAAACUCUCUACUAACAACUAAAUGGAUGAUGAUGAUGAACUUUUAACAAUAAACUCACCUUUGACAAUUAUAUAGUCUUGUCUUAGUAAGACUAUUGUGGAGGACUUUGUAGUAAAACCAUCUUACUCGAAAUCGAAAUAGAAGGAUUGGAAGGACUAAUUUGUUUGGCUCUGA